AUGAGAAGCGGCAUCAUAGCGCAGUGCGCUUUCUGUGUAACUCGCGGCAACGUCGCUCAGGCAAGCUUUCGAUUUCUGGCCCAGAACUUCGGCCGCAAGAUCUGUCCGCUAGCUUGGGCACACUCGUCGGAUCGGUGCCGCAGCUGCUUCUGGCGCGGCCGGAUACCAGACAUACCAGAGCGUGAUUACCUGCGUGUGUGGGCGCAAGAGGAUCUCAACGUCAUCGUCAUCGUCAUGGCAACCCUUGGCAAGUUUGCCUUAACGGUUACGUUCGCCGUCUGCUACCUGUACAGCGGUGAGAUCUACCCGACUGCCAUCCGGAAUGUCGGACUUGGAAGCAAUUCGGCUUGUGCGCGGGUCGGAGCGAUGGUGGCGCCAUAUAUCACCCUGCUGGCCAAGGACGUGGCGUGGCUGCCCAUGGUACUGUUCGGCGCGCUGGCAGUGGUUGCUGCUCUGCUGGCAGCCAUGUUGCCAGAGACGCGAAAUUGCCAUCUGCCAGAGACGAUCGAAGACGGAGAGAAUUUCAACAG